GUGUAAAAAUUGCGCUGACGUCCAUUCUGUUCUGGAGUAUUAUGGUCUGUCGGGAAUUCAGAGUGGCUGGGACUGUGGAAAAAAAUAUUUGCCCUGCUAGCGCUCAGCAAGCUAACGGUAGGAAGCACUGGAGUAAAUAUGGAGCUGUCUGCCGUCGGAGAGAGGGUGUUUGCUGCCGAAUCUAUCAUCAAACGGAGGAUAAGGAAGGGUCGGAUUGAAUACCUCGUGAAAUGGAAAGGAUGGUCUCCCAAAUACAGCACUUGGGAACCGGAGGAGAACAUAUUGGACUCCCGCUUGUUUGUCGCUUUUGAGCAGAGGGAGCGUGAAAGGGAGCUCUAUGGGCCUAAAAAGAGAGGACCAAAACCCAAGACGUUUCUGCUUAAGGCCCAAGCUAAAGUUAAAUCCAAGUCCUAUGAGUUCAGGAACGAGGCAGUCAGAGGGAUGCACAUCACCUACCCAACCCCAGAGCCGGUUGUCACUCCCAGGGCCAGAGAGGGCCUGAGAGCCAUCGUCCCUACCAUCUUCCCACCAAGCACUGUGAACCGCGGGGAAAGCGUACGUGUCCGACAGCCUGAACUGAGCACCCGCGAGCACCAUCAGACUACUUCAGACCGACUAAUCCACAUACCAAAAAAGAGAGGGCCGAAGCCAAAGCCCCGUUUUCAGGACGGGAGCUACAGCCCUGUUGUCUCCGAGCCCCACAAGAGGAAAUUGGAGGAACAGGUGAGCCACGGCCCUCAGAAGCUGGUCAAGCUACAGGCAUGUGAAGAGAUGAGGCUGGUUAAAAUAGGUCACAGACAUCCAGAGAACCACGGUCACAGUCAUAAACACCACCACCAUCACCACCACUACCAUCAUCACCACUUACAGAACCCCGGGAGCGUCUACAAACAGCUCUACUCUGACAGCAGCCUGCAUCCGCUCAGAGCAGACUUGGACACACACAGGACUAAGGAUAGCCCCGGUUACAUGGUACCCGCACACUUCAAGCACCACAACAAAAUGAGCCACAGCCUGAGUCGACCCAUGACGCUUCCACAGAUGGAAAAACCGUACUUUUUGGACAGGCCGUCACCAACCCGGCUCGAUGACGACUUGGACGAAGUGACGUGGAGGCCGUGUCUCAACAAUGUGGAAAAGAUUCUGGUGACGGAUGUGACCACCAACUUCCUGACUGUCACCAUCAAGGAGAGCAGCACUUCGAAAGGCUUCUUCAAAGACAAAAGCUGAUUCUUGAACGAGUUCUUUAUGCCACGCUUUUUCUGACUUGCAUCAGAAUGAUUCUAAAGUUUAUAAGAUAUAGUGUGAUUAUUAAGCAAAGCAGUUUUCUAUGUAAAGUAUAACAGCAAAUUACUUUGUGUGCAUAUGUAUAUACAUAUAAAUAUAUAUAUUAAAAAGUUGGGCAUCUAUUUAAUGUAUUGACCAAAUUAUGAAGUCCGUUUCACAUCAUGCAUUGGUGAACAUGAGUUAUGUUUCCUUUGCAGCAGGUGGCUACUUCCUGUACAGAACUGGUUAAUUUCACUGUUUUGCAAUUAUAACUAACAAGGAAGUUUUUGGUUUUUUCCCCCUCCACUCUUUUUACACCAGCUGGGCUUAAGCUAGUACAUUGUUAAAAGUGAGUCAAGAUAUUAAAUACAGUGAGUGGAGUGAAUAUUUUUGUCAUUUGAACCAAUUAGACUGACUGGUCCUGUUCAGUUCAAUGGGGCUAAUAUUUAAAAAUGAACUAAAGCACUUUGAAUUCAGAGGUAUUAAAAAAGCUAUGUGUUGUCUUCAAAGACGAUCUUUUUCUGAGAGUUUUGUAAUGUCUAACAUUUCUAAUUAAAUUAAUAAAUUCAAGUUUUCCCAAAGUGCAUAUAACUACUUUUCCAUUAACUUUCUAUAUUUUACAUUUUCAUAGAAAUGUUCAUGAAGCUUUGAUGUAACAAGAUAAGUUGACUUUUUAGAGGCUUUUCAAUAAACCAUUUUAAUUUCUCA